CUAACAAAUCAUACUUUGAAUAAGAAACCCAAUCACAGAAACGUGUAAAAAUCAUUUUGUCAUCGAUUGUACGAAGAACCUUAAUACGUUCAUCAUAAAUCAAUCAAAUGAGGUCAUAAUUUGUUUCCUUCCGUUCAAUAUGGACGAUGAACGAUGCAUUAAGAAAGCUAAAUUAGAAAAUGUACAGAAUUUAAAAGAAGGAGAAGCUGAAAUAUUGGUAACUCAUAAGAAUGUGUUUUAUAAUCCAGUACAAGAAUUCAAUAGAGAUCUUAGUAUAGCUGUGUUAUCGCUCUUUGCAAAGGAUCAACAAAAUAUAAAUGAAGAAAAUAAUAUUUUGAAAAAUACCAUAGUAAAUAAAUCAAAGGGUGAAUCAUGUUCUAAGAGCGAUGGUAUUAUUAUAUUAGAAGCUUUGUCUGCGACUGGUUUACGUAGCAUCAGAUAUGCCAAAGAAAUAGAAGGUAUAAAAGAAAUAAUAGCUAAUGAUAUUUCAGCUGAAGCUGUAAAAUCUAUUAAAUUAAAUAUUCAACAUAAUGGAGUGGAAAAUUUAGUAAGACCAAGUCAUGAGGAUGCUACAAUGAUCAUGUACCAAAACAGAAGAAAAGGUUUUCAUGCUGUUGAUUUAGAUCCUUAUGGUUGUCCUUCAAUCUUUUUAGAUGCUGCUGUACAAUGUGUAGUAAACGGUGGUAUACUUUUGGUUACAGCAACAGAUAUGGCAGUUUUAGCUGGUAACUCUCCAGAAACGUGUUACGUUAAAUAUGGCGCUAUAGCUCUUAAAACAAAAGCUUGUCAUGAGAUGGCAUUAAGAAUUUUAUUGCAACAUAUCGCAUCUCAUGCUGGACGUUAUGGUCGCUAUAUAAUACCUUUAUUAUCUAUAAGCGUUGAUUUCUAUAUAAGAGUAUUUGUGAAAGUAUUUGUAAGCCAAUUGAAAUGUAAAGAAAAUGCUAGUAAAACAGGAUUGGUAUAUCAGUGUACAGGUUGUGAAAGCUUCAAUAUUCAAUCUUUAAAUACAAAAAAAUCAAAUAAAUUUUGUAAACCUCAUAUAACUAUAGAUCAACAUUGUAAACAUUGCAAACAUAAACAUUAUGUUGGUGGUCCUAUUUGGAUUGGACUUUUACAUGAUCAAGACUUUGUCUCACGAUUAUUAUCCAGUUUAGAUAAUUUGAAAUUAAAAACGAAACAACGAAUAAAAGGUGUUUUAACUAUGAUAAACGAAGAAAUAGAUUCACCUUUGUAUUAUACAUCAGAUCGUUUAAUGUCUAUCAUCAAAUGUAGUACACCGCCUAUGGUACUAAUCAGAUCUGCAUUAUUAAAUGCAGGAUAUAAUGUAUCAUAUUCUCACGCAAAUAAAUUCUCUAUUAAAACUGAUGCACCAAAUGAUGUCAUAUGGGAUAUUGUACGUGCAUGGGAGAAAUGUCAUCCAGUUAAAAGGGAAAAAUUUAAUGCGGAUAAUCCUGCAUUAGUUAUAUUAAAUACUCCAUCGACAAUAAAUAUUUCCUUUGCUGUACAUCCAAAAGCUAAUCCAAUUUCUCGACAAACUGGAUUAUCAAGGUUUCCAGAAAAUCCAACUGAAAAUUGGGGUCCUGGUACACGUGCUACAACAAUGAUAGAUGUUACAAUGAUAGAAUCGAAAAAAAUUAAGAAUCAAGGAAAAUUUAAACAGAAAAUUAAAAUAUUAAAGGAUCAACAUAUGCAAAAUGAAGGUGACAAUGAAAAAACAAAUGUGGAUUUGUCGUCGAGUAAUCAAGACAUAUAAAAAAAAUAUAUAUAUAUGUGUAAAUUAUUUUUAUUACAUUAAUGAAAAAUGUACAAAUGUUUUUAUAAAAAAAAAAGAAAGAAAUAACGAUAAUCAAAAUAUUAUCGUUGAAUGUA